GGAAUCUACAAAAUGCAACUUCAAAACCUAUCGAUUUUGUACGAUUCCGUCCCAUUUUGGACGAUUCCGUCCGACUUUGGACAGCUUCGUCCUAUGUCCUAUGUUGGACAGUUCUUUCCGAUUCCUGACAUUUGCGUCCAUUUUCGAAUACUUUCCUGUAAUUUCGCACGGUACCGUUUGAUUUCCAACGUUUUAGGGACUAGUAUAUGACGUAGUUUAAUGAAAAUUUCCUCUAACCCAGUCUCCACGCUUCUCAACUCUGUUGUGGUUCGUCGCCUAGCAGAAAUUCAAAAACGCGGGCUUUAUGUAGCUCUCUUUUCUUGAAUCUUCAAUCACAAUGUGAGUCUUGGACGUUAAGAUUUCUAUCUUCCAUCGCACAAUGGCACAAGAACGCACAAUACCAGGAUGUCCUUGGGCAUUUGCCGAUGACAUGAGAAGAAUCAUUGAUAAAAAGGAAUUCAGUGAUGUGAAAUUCAUUGUGGGGCCUAAUAGAAAAGUGAUCCGUGCAAACAAGGCAAUUUUGAUGGCAAGGUGUGAAGUUUUUAGAGCAAUGCUAUCUGAUCAGAAAGACAAUGUACGACCAAAAACUGACCAGCAGGAUGUGCCCCUUGUCCUGGCAGAUGUUACUCCAGAAAUCUUUAUGUCACUACUAGAAUUUCUCUACACUAAUACGUGCACUCUCGAUAACAGAAAUGUUAUGGAAGUUAUGGGUUCAGCUAUGGAGUACAAUUUAGAACAACUCCAAAAGAUCUGUGAGCAGUUCAUUGGUGAAACUCUUGCCAUAGAUACAGCAUCAGAGGCAAUGCAGAUUGCUGUUACUUAUGGACAAGAGGAGUUAAGAGAACGAUGUUUAGAUUUUAUUGAAGAAAACACAGAGAAUGUAUUCAGAACAAAAGGAUUCCAUGAACUGUCAGAGGAAGCUUUGGCGCUUCUACUGCAAAGUGAUAAACUGAUGAUGGAUGAACUGGAAAUUCUUGCAGCUGUGAGGGAAUGGGCCACAGUAAACUCUGUGGUUCUUAGUAAGUCAGUUGCGGAAAUAGCACAGAAUGUGAUCCAAUAUGUCAGGCUUGCCUUACUCACGCCUGAAGAACUUAAACAAGUUGAACUUGACAAUGAGAAGGAUAGAAUGAUUCCGAUCAAACAAAUAUCUGAAGCGUGGAAAUAUCACGCUCUGAGAAAAUCACCCAAACACAGCGCUACUGUACCCAGACCACGACCGCGCCGAGGAACAAAACCGCGGGAAAUGUACACCGAGGCUCAUUAACUUGACCAGCCCUGCAAUACCGGUAUUUGAUGAUUGGUAGAAUUGGCAAGAAUACGAGAGCCACUGCAUUUGAAUUCAUCGUGUGCGAGUAUGACUUUGAAUAAUAUCUGAAAAAUAUUAUUUUCUUUAGAAUUAUUAUUUCUUGUGGUAUUUAGGAUCUGUUUUUCUUUUACAUAAAUUGCAAGAAAAAAAAAUUAUAAAUUUGGAAUUUUAUUUUUAUACCAUAUCGCUUAUGUAGUCCUAUUUUCGCCUGCAAACUAAGCAAACAAAGUUUACUCUAGAAAUAAUCUCAUUAAAUCUAAGAAUGUUUUUGCAUAUACUGUUGCUUGUUUUUAGCCUAAUGAGCCAAUAUCUUCAUUACCAUAUCCAUUCCCAGUUUUCCAAUAAAAGUGUUUGUACUUUUACUCUGAGGUGCAAAUGCGUUAUUGAAACUAAAGAUGGUUGGUAACUCGUUUUACGAAGAGAGAACUUGAUUAUUUCCUUUAUUUCUCCUGUAAACUUAGUUGUUUCGUGUUGCACCAGAUUUUCUUGCGGGAUUACCUGGAAGAAUCUACUUCAAACGCUUAAUAUUCCUUCUUACUAUGGGACUGAGGCUUUUUCAUAUUUAAGCUAUUUUCGAAGCAACAAAAAUUUGAAACGUAAUCUAAUAUUCAUUUUCCUGUUGCUAAUAACAAUGUUAUUUUUGUCCUACAUCAAGCGAAAUUUUAAUUGAUGUUCUGUCUGUACUUGUCUGUCUUAUGCUUUUUUUCUAUCCUAUUAAUUACUGACUGCUGAUUACCAAAUAGAAAAUUACUAUCAUUAUCAAUCGAAACUUAAAAUAGAUCUCCCUGAGAUGAGUUCAAGUACUAAGUAUUUCUUAAGAGCAAUAUAAAAGAUACGACGUGUUUUUACAUCAGGCUGCUAAAGGUCUGAUGUUUGAAAUUUAAUAAUUUAUCUUUCUAGACGUUUUUUUUUUAGUUUUGUUAUAUAAACAUAAACAAUAAGUGCCCUAAAGGUUAUUCAUGCUGCUGGCGCCAUAAAUGUUUUUAAAGCCUUUGUAUACACACGUCAGCAGUGAUAUUGCUGUAGAACAUUUGUUUAUGGACUCGCCGCCGGAAAACUAUCCAUUUUAGCUAAUAUUUAAGCUAUUGUUUUCUAUAAACUUAGCUCCAGACACAGAAACUAGAGUAUGAAAUAAAAACAUCCUAAAUACGUCCACUUAUUGGAUUAAAAUAACGUUAUUUAAUUC